AGCGUUUUCAGUUUUCACACCAGUUGGGCGCCCCGACGGCCCUAGACGCACGUCUUUUUAGCAAAAAGCCGCGUACCGUAACGAAAUAAUAAAAGUUCGAACUUCAAAGUGACCACAAGUGACGAUAGCAAUGCAAUUAAGUGACCGAAAGCGAAAUUUUUAAAGGAAAAUGCGCGGAGUUUACGAUUUAUCGUGAUAGUGAUUUUCCAGCGCUGCGAUAGAUCAACAGUUAUCUCACCAAUGGAGACCGACAAGAUGUCGACGGCCUCGUCGGUCGGCGCCGCGGAGCGAAGGCCUCUGCUGCAAGCGCUGGUCAUCGAGAGACGAAUACUCUUCGCCUGCACCAUCCUGGUUGGCCUUUGUACUUUUGUGUGGAUCGCUGCCGUUUGUACUGAGAAGUGGUACCAUAUUGAAGGAGGCAGUGGUAUAUACUUGGCUACCAGAGGUGGUUAUUUCUUAUACAGUGAUUCAGGCAUAUGGGAAAUGUGUAGACAUGUGUUUUACCCUCACGAAAGCCCGGCUAUGAAACACAAUACCUCGGCACACACAACACCGAGACCAUUUGACAUCACAGGCAUGAAGGGGGACACAGUUAAAAAUUGCACCAACUAUUUAUCUACGCCGACCAUGAAAAAUGGGAAGCCUGUUGAUCCAGCCUACGACAUAGAUGUAGCUAAUUACGUGCGAACUACUAUCUCCUUCGCAAUCAUCAGCCUGUUUGUAAUGGCGAUGGGGUGCGGAUUCUCCGUCUACACCUUUCGCAACCCACGGUACAUGUUCAAACGGCUCGCUGCUGGCAUACACUUCAUCAGUACCUCGUGCACUUUCGUGGUCGUGCAAGUGAUGAUGUCAGCGGUAGAUCACAUGAAGAAGAACUUGAAAUAUAUCUAUCCACAUCCAGCUUACCAUUACUUUCACAUCAGCUUCUUCCUGGCGUGGUUCGUAGUCCUAGUAAAUCUCUUCGCUGCAGCAUCCUUUCUCUGGUACUCCCGCAAGAGAAAAGGUGAUAAAGCAGCGACCGACGAGCUUGCGAUGGCCGACGAGCCGACCAUCAUCGGUCGAUGACGCCGCAGGCUAAACCCAAUGAGACUGUUUCCGUCGCAUCGACUUUUCCUCAAGUAUCUUUUGAACAGUGCUCAAAUGACCAAUAGCUGUAAUUGUUAUGUCUUCCAUAUACGAGUACAUUUUGAAUACGACCUUGGGUUGCAUUAAAAUCUGUAACUGUUCCGUUCAUUGUGGACAAUGAGUCUGUGAAGGCCUUACCUACCUCAUUUUAUAAAAGCUGAAUGUGUCAGCUCAUGAUUCAACCAGACAUAAGAUGGAGUUUGAACAUUACCAUGACUUUGGGUGACAGCAGGUUUCAAGAAUCCAGACAAUUUAAUAUGAAGCGUAAUGUUUUUAUACUUCCCUCGUUACCUAGUUUUGUACAAGAAAUCGUGUCUCCAGUUGCCUGAUACUUAGCUUCGCAGCUACACUUCGAAAAACAUUGAUAUAGUAGAGGAUCCCAUUACAAGAAGACUUUCACCCAUCAGCUGUUUACUGGAAAAGUUUUUUUAUAUCAAAUUAAAUAUACCAAUAAAUAUUUGCCUAAAACCUCAGCCCAGAACAUGAUUAACUAACAUUUUUUUUUUUAAUUUUCACUGGUGAACUGACAAAGUCAAUGGGGCGACUGAAAGUAUGAAGCCUAGAGAAUAUACAAAUGUUAGGUUGAUAUAUAUAUAAUUUAUGUUCCAUCACAACCCUUGGGUAGGCAGGUAUAAACCGGUAAAUCGAUACUAGUAGGUAACUAGCAUGAUUUUGGCUAGUGGUUAAUGAAUUAAAGUCAAGUUAAAAUGACAUUACGAACACGGUAUAGGGUUAUCUGCGAAAACUCAGUUCUGGAUUGCGAGUUUAUCAAAAUCAUAUCCUGGACUAAUUUUUCUUUGUUAACCAGUGCCAAUAUAUUUAUUGACAUAUUUAAUUUGAUAUAAUAUACUUUUCAUCCAGUAAACAGAGAACUUUAUGUCUCUGUAAAGUUAAGUGUAAAUGUAGAGACGGUUUGAGGUCUGCUACCUCACAAAGCCACUACAUUCUAAACUCAUAGUUUCCUAUCGUACUUACUACGGUAGGAGUAGGUAUGAUGAGCUCUGAUGACUUACAUACUUUGCUUUUUAUAAUGAGGAGGUUUGGCUCUAUGGUAUAUCGACUCUUGUUCUAUUAAAAUAAUUAUUGUCUACGUUGUAUUCUUAAACUCGCGUUACUUGUUUUAUGCCUUGUUAAUCUUAUAGGUAAAUGUCUUGUGUAUUGUUAUUAAUGUUGUUUUUUCAUUUCUCGCUUGAAAUGUAUUAUCUAAGGUAUAUUUACAUUGUAUGUAUUCCUUAGACUUAUGAGAUUAACGACAGCCUUAUUAUUAUUCUAUAAAGUGUUUAGUGUUAUUAUUCUUCGUGCGAUUCAAAUAUGGUAAGUGACGUUGUUUUGUAUAAAUUAAUAUUUGGACCAAAUAAUAUAAAUAUCAUAUCAUGAUCUUGUAUACUGUAGAUAAUUAUAUCAAUGUACAAUUCAUUUUUAUAUAUAAAACAUUUAUUUAUAUAUUUUUCGGAACCGCAGAGCAUAUCGUACCUUUAAUAAAUAUAAGGUACUCCUUUUUAACACUUAUAUAAAAAUAAACUUAGUAAAUAAAACAUUGAACUAGACGACUACUUAUUUGAAUCGCACGUCAUUUGUUAUCUUAUUACUUGCUGCCAUAAGACUAUUAUUAUUACUUACAAAUAAGUACCUAUUAAUAUGUAAUUUAAUCUAGUCAAUCUAUUUAAUAUAUCAUAUGACCAUUUCGUAAUUAUCCCAAUGUGAAAGGACUAUGGAUUCUCAUUAUGUGGCAGCGACAGUUUUUAGAGGGUAUAUAUUUCUUCCAAUGGGAACACUAAUUGUCGUUCGACGGUAAAUAUCGGUGUCAUUCAACCAUAAAAGUCGUUUUAGUGAGAGAUCUAGCGGUAAAAGAGCCCAACGGUAAAAGAGAUGUCCGACAUAGGGCCCACUUUUCAGAACGAUACAGAAAUGAAAAAUGUACUAAAAAUCUUGAAUUUUUUACUAGAUUACUCCAUUAAAAUCUAAGCCAAAUUAAUAUUCGCAAACAGGGAAAAUAAGCUGAUUUCAUUAUUUUCACACCGACCCAGCUUUGCAAAUGCAUGGUGAUUUAUAUAUCCUCUUUGAUGCGUAUUUCACUAAUUGUCAGUUGUCUUUGCAAACACGCGUUGUCAAUGUCAGAAUCAAUCAAUGAACGAGAUGUUAUUAAACAUAAUAGUUAAGUUAGUGUCAAAUCCUCAUUAAAACUGUCUCCUGUCAGUUAGACAGAUAACGCAAUAAUUUUGAAGUCAAAGGGAUACGAAUUAUUGCCCACUUGUUAUAAUUAAUAUAAUAGAUUAGGCAAAUAUAUAUUUAUUUGAAAUUUGCCUCAUGAGUUCUCCUUAAAUGUCAUAGUUUAUGGCCAAUUUUCAGCUCUGUAUCAUUCGUAUAAUUUGGGCCCGAGUUUGUAUAGAGACUGGGUUUUUCCUUUAGUUCUCCGACAUUAUAGAUACGUCACUUUAUGUGUAGUAAGUACUAAACCCAACAACAAGUGCCAAUAUAAGCAGUGCCAAUGGUAUUACAAAUUAAUAAAAAACUAAGAGAAAAUGAAACAAAGCCAAACAUUGUCACCGGGCAAGCUGUUGAUCAAUGAUUCAUUUGUUGGCAUCAUUGACUCAACUUUCAAGACUAGAUUUUUAUAGCGUCUAACGAAAUAAAAGACACAUUGUAUUUACUGCUUUGAUUCAUUGAAUAUCUGCGUGAUUUAGAAAAGUUAUAUCUCCUUUUUAAAGUUCAUAAAGGUCAUCCCAAAUGUAUGAAAUAAUUUAUAAUAACAGUAAUGUAAAGUAGGUAUAGUAUGCAGCCUGUCAGUUGAACUAUGCGUAGUAAUACAUUUUCGCGUGUUAUUGACGUACGGUGGGAUACGAACGUUAGCAACUUUAUUAGUUCUAGUAUCUACAUUUAGAAGCGCAUAGAGGACAAACACACAGAAAUAUAAUUAUUUAUUUAUUAAUUAAUGAUUGAUGAAUUGAAUCCAAAUGAGAUGAUUACGAAAUGUUUAUUUAUGUACUGUGUGCACUUCUGAUGAGUGAUGAAAGAAUUGCUUUUAUCUUAUGUGUUAUGACGUAGAAAAUAAUAUAGUUUUGGCUAUAGGGAGAAUGUAAAAAAUCUGCCAAAGAAUGUCGUUUUAUAUUGUCGUAUGUUUGUUUUGUAUUCAAUUAUUUUUAUUCUUAUGCAUGUUAAAACUAAAACAAAUUGUUUUAAAUAUUGUAUUGCCAUUUUGAAAAUAAUAUUAUAUUUUUCCCAAAAUGUAUGUGUGUGUUUGGAAAAUGAACACUAAAUGUUUGAUAAGUGCUCACGUAAAUAUUAUAAUACCUACUGUUAUAUGUAAAUAAAUUAAAAGCAAAGUGCACUUGAAAAGUUCAAUCAAGUUAAUAUACGAGUAAGUAUUUAGUCGUUAGACUAUCUAAUAUACAGACGCUGCUUGGAAUAGCCUAUACUUGAAAGUAUUUUAUGUAUUGUAAAAUCAAAAUGUACGUAUCUAUUAUUAAAUUAGCUGUAUUGAAAAAAACUGUGAAGUAUUUUACCCUCAGACCAAUUAUAGAAGGACCUUCAUCGCACUCAUAGUCACGAACAAAAUUCUGAGGAAAACGAGCUUAGAUUUUGUGUAUAUCUCAUACUAAGCUAGAAGUUUUUGCCCGUUUUUUACACAAUUCAAUUACACAUAAAGGUAUUUUUACGGAGCUCUUUAAUUACAACUAUUUAACAUCGACGCUAUAGAGACAGUUUUUAUAAUCGCAUUAGAUCGUUGAUCAUAUACUUUGACAGAAAAGUAACGUCUAGCGAGGCAGGUCCUAUACAAUAGUUGGUCUGAGAUUUUACCAGUUAAAUAAUUACGACUUAGGGUUUAUUUACACGAGCAGUAAGUUGCCAACGGCAGCGGGCAACUGCUACCAAUAACGGCAGUCGACUGCAGUCGGCGACCGCCGUCGACUGCUGCCGAGAUGUCGGCGACUGCAGUCGACGACCGUUGACUGCCGUUGAGUGCCGUGUGACGUCGGCGACUGCAGUCGACUGCUGUUGACUGCCGUUACCUGCCGUUGAGUCCUGCAGAGUCGUUGGCGACUGCAGUGGACUGCAGUUGACUGCCGUCGGCGGUAGCAGUUGCUGCUCGUGUAAAUGAACCUUUACAUUACAAAAUGUCACCAAAAAGCUAUCUUUUAAAACUAUGUUAUUCCAAUCUUUUUGCAUUGUCUUAUAUUUUGGUGUUAUAUUAUAUUAUAUUAUAUACUUUCAAUAUAUUUUAUCAAAAAAAAACUGAUAAUAAAAUAAAUUCCUUAUAUCUAAA